AUGCGGCUGCCCUCACUAUCGGCGGCGCUUCUUGGUGCGCUCGCAUGGACCGCAAGCGCUGCUGAGCCAGAUGGCAACAUUAAGAGUAUUUCGCUCAGGACACAUUCCUUGACCCAGCCCUACCUCGACUCGGACAUGCAAAGCCGCUGGUACGACUUUGGAGGAGACACCAUCAUUCGAACCGACUCGUACAUUCGACUGACCUCGGAUCGCCCGUCGCAAUCGGGAUGGAUGUACUCUCGUGUGCCCCUUACCGCCACAAACUGGCAGGUUGAGGUCGAGUUCAAGAUCUCAGGCAAGAACCAGCUUUACGGCGAUGGCUUCGCCAUGUGGAUCACCCGCCAGCGAGCCCAGCAGGGAACCGUAUUUGGUGGACCGGACAAGUUUGAGGGUCUCGGAAUCUUUGUCGACACCUACAAGAACAACCGCCCCGGCGUUGUGUUCCCCUAUGUCAUGGCCAUGCACGGCGACGGCCAGACCACGUACGACAAGUCCAACGACGGAAAGCACACCGAGCUCGCUGGCUGCUCGGCGCGCGGCAUCCGACAUGCGAGCAUCCCCACCAAGAUGCGCCUGACCUACUUCCAGGACAAGCAGCUCAAGCUGGAGCUCCAGUACAAGGUUGAGGACGAGUGGCAGACUUGCUUUGAGCUGGACGAGCCCCCUGCGAUCCCCAACAUUGCCUACGUCGGCUUCACUGCCGAGACUGGUGAGCUUAGUGACAACCACGACAUCAUCUCAGUCUCGGCCAAGAACCUGUACACUCAGCCUGGCAGCAGCAACAAGGCGUCCCCUGGUGGUAAGAACAAGGGCCGCAAGAGCAGCAGCAAGAGCAACGUUCAGAAGGAGGGCGGUAGCUGGACAUGGUUCUUCACCAAGAUUAUCCUCUUCAUCAUCGUUGUCGGCGGCGCCUACGUCGGCUGGACGGCCUACCGAGCCAAGGCCAAGUCGCACCGGUUCUAA